AUGAUCUUAGUAGAAGAGCAUUCAGAGGAUGCCAAUGUUAACACCCACCUUAUACAUCAGAAAAGCCUCAGUGAACAGGCAUUCUAUAUACGUGAAGAAUGUGGCAAGUGUUUUGAUCAAAAGGAAGACUUUGAUCAACAUCAGAGCGUUCAUAAUGGAAAGAAGGUCUAUGGAUGUAAGGAAUGUGGGAAGAAUUUCAGUUUUAGAUCGCAUUGCAUUGUAUAUCAGAGGAUUCACACUGGGAUGAAACCAUGCCUAUGUCAAGAAUGUGCUAACGCCUUCGGUUGGAAGUCAAACUUGAUUCAGCUCCGGAGAAUUCACACCAGAGAGAAACCCUUUGAAUGUAAGGAAUGUGACCCAGGGAUCGAACCUUGGUCUCCCGCAUUGUAG